AUGGCGGCCAGUCCUGAUCCUACAUUGCUGCAAUGGUUGGUAACUACAAACGACGUUAAACAAUUAUGGGCAGCUCAACCGACUUUUUUGAUCUCACAGGCGGUCUACACCCUUGCGGGUGUUAUAACUUUGAUACACGCAUUCAGCAAGGGUGGGCGGUGGCCUUAUUUUUGGCUCGGGACCGUACUGCAUGGAAUUUAUGCGGACAAUUUCUGGCAUUUUGUUCUUCCCCAAUAUGACAACUUCUGGCAUUCGCAGGCGCCUAUCGUGUUCCUCGGUGCUCGUCUGCCCUUACACAUCAUUCUGUUAUAUCCAGCAUUCAUUUAUCAUGCCGCAUAUGCAGUGCAUAAACUGAAUUUACCAAGGUAUGCGCAACCGUUUGCCGUGGGCUUGAUAACAGUGUUAAUUGAUAUUCCAUAUGAUAUAGUAGCUGUUAAAUUCGUACAUUGGACAUGGCACGACACGGACCCGAAUAUCUUCGAUCGUCACUAUUGGGUGCCUUGGAAUUCCUAUUAUUUCCAUUGCACAUUUGCAUCUAGUUUCUACUUCUUCUUCGACUCGAGUAGAAGGUGGCUGGCGCCUCGAGUGGCGCAAUGGUCAUCCGCUACAAAAGGAGUCGAAUGGAAGUCUUUGUUGAUAGCGACACGAUUGGGCAUGCCUGGUGGUGUUCUAUUGUUUAUUCCUAUUUAUCAUUCACUUCAUGACGUGUACAAAAUACACUCUGAAGUUACUUUCUCUCUAUUAUUCUCUAUUUAUUUCGUCAUCGUCGUGUUAGGCCUUCUUAGUGACCGUGAGAAGAAUAAAGACAAGCUAACGAAGAUCGAUUAUGUAUUGAUAUUACAACUUGCCGUUCACUAUGUAAUUUAUUGGGUGUUUGUGGUGUUUUUCAACCCUGAGAAGGAAUGGUCUACAGGCUUACACGAGCCGGUCGGCCCUUGUAAUGAAGUGGCUUUGUUAACGUCACCCUUUGGACAGUCUUUGUACAAGUUUUAUCUUGAGAGUAUCACCCUGGAGUUGGGCACAGUCGUCUGUCGUAGCCGCCCUCGUCCCGUGCUCGUCCUGGGGGACUUCAACGCCAAGUCUACGGCUUGGGGUUCCCCGUCUACGGACGCGCGGGGCGAGUUAGUGGUCGAGCAGGGCCUGCUCCUCCUGAAUCGAGGUUCGGUGCAGACGUGCGUGCGGCAGCGGGGUGGGUCAAUAGUGGACCUCACGUUCGCUAGCCCCGCUUUCGCGCGCACCGUCCACGACUAG